AUGAAGAUUUGUGUCGCCUUGUACGGCGCUCUGCUCGCUGCAACUGCGGUCCUCGCUCAGGGAGAGCCGUGGAAGAAGAAGUCGAUAAGCCUUGAGCUCGUGGAGCCGUUUCCUGAGCAGAAAGCCACGACAAUCGGCGACAAGGCGGGCGUCAAGUUCAAACCUCAGAUCCACGUUUCCAAGGGAUGCUCUUCGUAUCCCGCUGUGAAUGCGGCGGGUGAGACGACCGACGGCAUGAUACUCGACAAACCCGUUGAUGGCAAGUGCAAGGAACCGAAACAGGGGUCUCAAGCCUAUGGGCGCGGGACUUGGCAUCUGAAAAAAUUUGCCAUUAUGUUCGCAUGGCACUUCCCGACGUACGUCAGUCUUGAUGUUCGCUACGACUGGGAGCACGUCAUCUUGUGGCUCAACAACCCUGCAAUAGCAAACCCGACGAUUGAGGCGGUGUCGGUGUGGCAUGAACGCAAACGUGAAUACGUCAAAACGGCUACGCCUGAUUCGAAGUACAUGGACGGGUCGAGCCUCAAACUUGACUUGGGGGAGACUUAUUCUACGCGCAACCUCAGCUUGUCAACUUUGCCUGGUCAGUUUCAGCCACUGAUCAUGUGGGACCAGAUGCCGGACAUUACCCGUCGCGCUCUUAACGAGACCAAGUGGUACGUAAACCUUAUGCCUCUGAGCGACCCGCGCUUCACGACCGCCUUGGACAACGCCUGGCCGUAUACUCCAGUGUGA